AUGUCGGGAGUUGUGGGUAAUUACAACGCAACCAUCAAGUUGGCCAACUCCGUCGUGACCGUUGUCAACGAUUCUCAAGAGGAACAAAGCAUCCCACCAGAGAAACCUUCUUGGGAAAAGUGUGACGCGGGCAGCAGUCUGGAUGUUUUGUACCACCACCUCUACACGUCGCCGGUGAAGCUGAUGGUUAUAGGGGGUGCGUGCUCGCCGGUGUCCGAGGCAACAGCACAGGUGUCGUUUAGGUGGAAUCUCGUACAGAUUUCACAUUUAUCUUCCUCCCCUUCACUGUCAAACAAAGAUCGCUUCAAGAGGUUUUUCCGGAUAAUAUCUCCGGCCACUCACGUGAACCCUCCGCGAAUUCAUAUGAUGAAGUAUUUCGGGUGGAAGAAGAUAUCGACCGUCCACCAGGCAAUAGAACUUUUCUCUGAGCCGGUAUACGACAUGUUCAAACUGAUGAAGAAGGAGGGAAUAGACAUUGUUAGAUCUGAAAUCAUCACCACCAGUGACGUAUCACAACAGGUUCGAAAUUUAAAGGAGAAUGGUGCAAGGAUUGUUCUAGGCGAUUUCUACGAAGACAUUGCACGAAAAGUAUUUUGUGAGGCUUACAAAAUCGACUUCUACGGGCCCCGCAUUGUGUGGAUCUUGAACGGCUGGUACUCGCAGACGUGGUGGAACACCUCGGACAGCACCAUCACCUGCACCGCCCAGCAGAUCCUCAGCGUCAUCAACGGCUACAUCGCCGUCGACCGCCUCUGGGUGAACAGCAAGCCCGAGGUGACGGUCUCGGGCUACACGCCCCAGGAGAUUCAGACCGUGUACCUCAACCACAGCGCCGCCAACAUGGUGUCGGCGGGACUGCAGCAGGGACUGAUGGCUUACGACGCGCUGUGGGCCGCCGCCCUCGCCAUCAACAGGACCAUCACAGAUCUACAGGAUCUCGGAGGCACAAAGACAAUUGCAAAUUUCACCUAUGACGAUGAAUUGAUGGGCCAGCUACUAUUAAACAACACGAAGAAAACGGACUUCUACGGAACCAGCGGUCACCUGAGAUUUGACGAACAGGGAGAUCCUACCAGCCGCUUCAAAAUCGACGUUUUCAGAGACGGCGACAGGAAAGUAGUAGGGCUGUUCGACCCGGAUCUCCAGACAGACAUCCAGAUAGAAUGGGAGGUGCAGGAUGUAGCUGCAGUAUUCUGGAAAGAUGGCCGGAUACCAACAGAUUCCAUCCGCUUGAUUCUACGCACUGACACCCUGUCCGUGAUUCUCUACAUCCUGGUAUGCGGUACUGCGGGAAUUGGCGCUCUGCUCACAUGUUGCUUUCUCGUGUUUAGUUUCGUAUUCAGGGGGAAACGGGUGGUGAAGAUGUCGUCCCCUCUUCUUAACGUGAUGACAUUGAUCGGCUGUCUGCUCCUGUAUGGCUCAGUGUUUCUGGAGAACACACGCACUCUAACAAACGUCUUCACGUGUCAGGCAAAAGCUGUAUCUCUCACGGUUGGGUUUUCAUUAACGUUUGGAGCACUGUUUGCGAAAACGUGGCGUGUGUAUAGAAUAUUUACGACAGGUGCUAAACAGAAAACGAACAUCCAAGACUUCAAACUGAUAGUCUCCGUGUGUUCCCUGGCAGCUGUCAACUUAAUGGCGAUCACUGUCUGGUUUGUCAUCGAUCCCAUGGAGAUAGUGUCGUAUGACCUCGAACCAGAGAUUUAUUUUGAAGCAGACAUCGAAAUUCGGCGCAAAGUUCAGAAAUGUGAGUCGCCCAACCAGAUUUACUACCUGUCGACGUUAUUUGCAAUACAAGGCAUUCUCCUGCUACUGGGAACCUUUCUAGCCUUACAGACGAGAAACGUGAAAGUGGACGGACUGAACGACUCCAAGAUGAUCGGGGUUUGCAUCUACAACGUGAUCGUGUUGAGCACGCUGGGGGUGAUCAUGACGCUGACGCUGAAGUACCAAGUCAACCUCAACUACGGCAUCACCUCCUCCGUCAUCAUCAUCGGAACCACCAUCACUCAGUGCCUUAUUGUCGUGCCUAAGAUGAUGGCGUACUGGAACAGCAGGAAUGCUGUUGGUGACCAGAUGACCGAGGCACGAUCUACUAUGUCCGCUACUGUGUCGAGAAUCUCCACUAUACACGAGAUGCAACCCCAGACUUGACUCUUACAACAGUUUCAACCAAAGCCAGUAUUACACAGUGUCGGGACCAUCGCUUAUUCGACAAAUACAAAACUUUGGUCUAAAUCUGAAAAAAACAACUCGUACUUAAGUUGCCGACCUCAUGCGAAACUAAAACUGACCUAUUGUAAACGGAAAUGCAUUAAAAAAACGCGCACAACA